UCUGAAGCAAAGUUUUUGCGUCUGUCGCUCCUCGCUGCUAGACCUGCCUACUGCCUGCCUACCGCGGACCGCUGCUGCUGGGCAACCACUAGAGCAGAUAGAGAGAGCAUAGAGGCAGAGUUGGAAGGAGAGAGAGAGAGAAAGAGAAGCCGGGGUGGACCGUUAAUUUCAUCCACACACCGUCUUGAAUGCGGGGCGGAGAGUAGACCGAGCGAGCUGUAAAACAUCCGAGGACCGGGGGACACCGCAGAGAGAAGCAGAGAGCGUCUAGGCUAGAGCACAGCUUCAUCCAGACAUGCAUAAUAUGGACGACUAUGAUGGAGAAAUUGACUAUAUGCACCAGGAAGACGACUGGGACCGGGAUCUCCUCCUGGAUCCUGCAUGGGAGAAGCAGCAGAGAAAGACAUUCACAGCUUGGUGUAACUCUCACCUGAGGAAAGCAGGAACGCAGAUCGAGAACAUCGAGGAGGACUUCCGGGAUGGGCUGAAACUCAUGCUGCUGCUGGAGGUCAUCUCAGGCGAACGCUUGGCCAAACCCGAGAGAGGCAAGAUGAGAGUGCACAAGAUCUCCAACGUCAACAAAGCGCUCGACUUCAUCACCGGCAAAGGAGUGAAGCUGGUGUCUAUCGGAGCAGAGGAGAUCGUAGACGGCAACGCCAAGAUGACCCUGGGAAUGAUCUGGACCAUAAUCCUCCGCUUCGCCAUCCAAGACAUUUCUGUGGAAGAGACGUCGGCCAAGGAGGGCCUGCUGCUGUGGUGCCAGAGGAAGACCGCGCCCUACAAGAAUGUCAACAUCCAAAACUUUCACAUCAGCUGGAAAGAUGGUCUGGGUUUCUGUGCGCUCAUUCACCGCCACCGUCCAGAGCUCAUCGACUACGGAAAACUGCGCAAGGACGACCCCAUGACCAACCUGAACACAGCCUUUGACGUGGCAGAGAAGUACCUGGACAUCCCCAAGAUGUUGGAUGCAGAAGACAUUGUGGGCACUGCCCGUCCGGACGAGAAGGCCAUCAUGACCUACGUCUCUAGCUUCUACCACGCCUUCUCAGGCGCCCAGAAGGCAGAGACGGCGGCCAACAGGAUCUGCAAGGUGCUGGCUGUCAACCAAGAGAAUGAGCAGCUGAUGGAGGACUAUGAGAAGCUGGCCACUGAUCUGUUGGAGUGGAUCCGGCGCACCAUCCCCUGGUUGGAGAACCGCCUGCCCGAGAACACCAUGCAGGCCAUGCAGCAGAAGCUGGAGGACUUCCGAGAUUACCGCCGCCUCCACAAGCCGCCCAAAGUGCAGGAGAAGUGCCAGCUGGAGAUCAACUUCAACACGCUGCAGACCAAGCUGCGGCUCAGCAACAGGCCCGCCUUCAUGCCCUCGGAGGGAAAGAUGGUCUCGGACAUUAACAAUGCUUGGGGAAAUCUAGAGGGAGCAGAGAAGGGCUACGAGGAGUGGCUCCUCAAUGAGAUCCGCAGGCUGGAAAGACUCGACCACCUGGCGGAGAAAUUCCGCCAGAAAGCAGCCAUCCAUGAAGCUUGGACUGCAGGUAAGGAGGACAUGCUGCAGAAGCAUGACUUUGAGACGGCCUCUCUGUCAGAGAUCAAGGCCCUGCUGAAGAAACACGAGGCCUUCGAGAGCGAUCUGGCGGCACAUCAGGACCGCGUGGAGCAGAUCGCUGCCAUCGCACAGGAAUUAAAUGAGCUGGACUACUACGACUCCCCCAGUGUGAACGCUCGCUGCCAGCGGAUCUGUGACCAGUGGGACGCCCUGGGAGCCCUGACCCAGAAACGCAGCGAGGCUCUGCAGAGAACUGAGAAGCUGCUUGAGACCAUUGACCAACUGUACCUCGAGUUUGCCAAAAGAGCGGCUCCGUUCAACAACUGGAUGGAGGGCGCCAUGGAGGAUCUGCAGGACACCUUUAUCGUCCACACCAUCGAAGAAAUCCAGGGAUUGAGCACAGCCCACGAGCAGUUCAAAGCCACGCUGCCAGACGCGGACAAAGAGCGCCAGGCCAUCCUGGGCAUCCACAACGAGAUCGCCAAGAUCGUGCAGACCUAUCAUGUGAAUAUGGCUGGCACCAACCCCUACACCACCAUCAACCCACAGGAGAUCAACGCCAAAUGGGACAAGGUCCGGCAGCUGGUGCCGCAGCGCGACCAGGCUCUGAUCGAGGAACACGCCCGGCAGCAGAACAACGAGCGUCUGCGCCGGCAGUUUGCCAACCAGGCCAACGUCAUCGGGCCCUGGAUCCAGAACAAGAUGGAGGAGAUUGGCCGCAUCUCGAUCGAGAUGCACGGCACCCUGGAGGACCAGCUGACGCACCUCCGCCAGUACGAGAAGAGCAUCGUCAACUACAAGCCAAAGAUCGACCAGCUGGAGGGAGACCACCAGCUCAUUCAGGAGGCGCUCAUCUUUGACAACAAGCACACCAACUACACCAUGGAGCACAUCGCGGGGGCUGGGAGCAGCUACUCCCCACCAUCGCCCGCAGACCACUCGGGCACUCUGGGCGCGGAGGAGUUCAAGGCCUGCCUGAUCAGCCUGGGCUUCGAUAUCGCCAACGAUGCACAGAAGAGAUCAGGAAUCAUGGACGCCGAAGACUUCAAAACCUGCCUUAUCUCCGUUGGUUACAACCUGGGGGAGAACGAGUUCUCCCGCAUCAUGAGCAUAGUGGAUCCCAACCGGAUGGGCAUCGUCACCUUCCAGGCCUUCAUCGACUUCAUGUCCCGCGAGACGGCCGACACGGACACCGCCGACCAAGUCAUGGCCUCCUUCAAAGUCCUGGCGGGGGACAAGAACUACAUUUUAGCCGAUGAGCUGCGCCGGGAGCUGCCUCCAGACCAGGCGGAGUACUGCAUAGCCCGCAUGGCCCCCUACACGGGCCCCGACGCCGUGCCCGGUGCCCUGGACUACAUGUCCUUCUCCACAGCUCUGUACGGAGAGAGCGACCUCUGAACACUCUGUCAGUCGUCCUGACUCGGGACCACCAGCCUGCCCGCUCUGAUCACCGCCACAUCCUCCGUCUGCUCCCGUUCACCAAACUUCUGUCCUACUACGCUCAUUGUUUUGUAGGUUUCUGGCCUUAUCUUUUUUUUUUUGUCAUUAUCCUCUGUCUCCUCCUUCCUCCCACCGCUCCAUCCUCAUCACUGCUCCCUCACAUUCUGUCUCCGUUGUAUUUGCUUCCCAGCUCUCCAGGUUUACAAAGAGGGAGAGAGAAAAAAAAAUGCUUGUUUUUAUUUUGUUGUCAUUGUUUUUCUUCAUCAAAUGAAUAAAGUUAACAUAUUUUAUUAUACUGAACAAAAAAAAGGUAUUUUUCUUCACCUUUGAUUGAAAAUAACAGACAAAAAUUGUAAUAAAGAAAAAUUGCUAUACUUUC